AUGCCCACGCCCAUCGCUCCUUGCAGGCUGUGCGGCAUCACCGGGCACUGGACCAGAGCCUGUCCUGAACUCGAAGCUGCGAAAACAUACUUGAGAAGCGGAACACCAACGAAGAAAAAAGAAGCCGAAGCGAACCUCGUCCUCGGUACCCCCCGCAACGAAGACCAUAGUAUCGCGCUCAACCCGCGCACCUUCAAAGCCGAUGCCGAACGACACUGCGAAACGAAGAUCAAAGAACCUCGCUGCGAUAACGGAGGAAACGGAAUCGCCGAAAGGUUGAACCGCACGAUAGCAAAUCAAAGCUCGCACCACCAUACAGCACACCGGGAACGUACCCAACCUCCGCAACGAAAUAGCGUUCACGGACUACCUGCGUCAGCGCACACCGAGUGCUGCUACGAACGAAGCGCCGUACCGAGAAUGGCUGCGCAGCGCACACCGAGUGCCGCUCCGAACGAGACGCCUUACCAACGAAAAUGCAUGGAGGAGAAGCCGAUAUCUCGAAUCAACUGUGGUGCGAAGCCUACCUACAAAUCCCGUCAUGUUACCUUCAACGAAACGAUCGAAAUCUUCGAAUCCCGCGAUAUGACCUUCAACGCAGCGCAUUAUCGAAGCGCAAUUACUACCGACGUAGACGUUGAACAUAUCGAAAAGAAAAUCCUGCUUUCGCGCGGCGCUCAAGGCGACCUGCUCGGCGAUGGGGUUUUGGGGGAGAACGAGGAAGAAAGAGCGCACGUUCGAAGCGCAACUACCGAUGACAAGGACGGCGAAAUCGUACUACCGGCUAUCAACGCAGACACGUCCGAGAUCCUCAACGCAGCGCAAGUUCGAGGCGCACCUACCUACCGGCUAUCCAACGAAGAAACGAUCGAAAUCUUCUCAUCUCGCGAUGCGGCUAUCAACGAAGCGCACGCUAGAAGCGCAGAGAAGAACCACGAACGAAGCUCGGCACCUACCGGCUAG